AUGAAAUGCAUAUGUAAAAAUAAACCAAAAGACUUAAUUAUAUCAAUUAAAGAUGAUAAUAUAAUCUUUUAAACUUGUAAUUAUUGUAAUAUAACAUGGAUAGGUAAUGACACAUAAAAUGUUAUCCAUAAAUUUUAAGGUUUUUAUGAUUUUAGUGAUAAUAGUGAUAAUGAUAAUUAAAUAAUUAGAUUAAUGUCUUAGAUCUCUAAUAACAAUAUUGAUAAGAAUUCUUUCAAAUAAAUUCUUGAGAUAAAUACUAAUUGUUCAAAUGUAUUUUUGGUUCUCAAAGUUAGCAUUCCAAAAUAUUUAUAAAUAAUGAAACCAAUUUUAGACUAGUGAAUUCUACACAAUCCACUUCUACUAGUAGUCCAACUAUUAAAGAAACUAAAAAAAAGAAGAAGUAAAAACCAAAAAACAAUGAAACUUAACCAAAAUCUCAAGUUGAAAAAUCAAAAUAAAUUUCUGAUUCAAAAAAUUCAUCAAAAUAAACUAAAUUUUGUUCUUUAGUAAAUGAAGAUAUACGAAUAUUUGAAGAAAAAAUAAAACAAUAUACAUCUGAAAUAGAUGAUUCAUAAAAAAUAGUUUUAAAUCUCCCAUAAGAUUGGAUAAAAAAAAUUGGAUUACAGAAAAAAAAGAAAUGA